CAGAGCUGUCAGACUCAUAAAAAUGUACACAAAUGUAUUAUUUACAAAUGUUUUUUUCUGUUUAGACCACUUUAGUUACCAACAUGUCAUGGUUAUUUCGAGCUGUCAAGCAAAUUUUUAGCCAAAAUCGUGUUUCCCGUGAUAUAUAUGAAAAUGUAAGAGAGAUUACAUCCAACGUUAUCAAUAGCAACAGGCAGUUUUACAGUGUGGCAACCCUGUUGCAAUUCGCAGUUAUUGUUGGAAGCAUGGAACCAAAGAAACGAGCACGCACUGUUAGUAAGGAGAAGUAUAAAACGACUCUGGAUUCCAAGGCGCAAUAUUAUUUAAAUGCGCUCAAAGUGCGCUGGAUGCAGUUGCAUGAUGUACCCGGCCUGUUUGCGUAUCAGCUUCAGGAAUCUAGACCGGGUCGCAGACUGCCAGGCAAAUGUGGUUUCUAUGCGGAGUUAAAUGCGGAUCGCAGCCUAAAAAGGCGCGUUCCACAAGUUAUUGACAGCCUAAAUCCAACUUUUCGGCCCAAGCAAUUUAAUUUUAAUAAAGUGGAUGCUAUGGAGGUAAUGAUGACCAUAGAUGAGGAGAGAGACAACGUCGAGGUGCAGAUGAUUAUCAACAAGAGCCCCAUUACCAAAUAUCAUACUCUCAUCUGUCCAGAUGUGAAAAAAGAACUGGUUCAGCGUAUCACCUUUUCGUCACUCAAUUUUUGCACUACGUUUAUGCGGAGUAUUAAUGAUCCAAACAUACGUCUGGGCUACAAUAGUCCAGGUGCUUUGGCUUCAGUAAACCAUCUUCAUUUCCAUUUGUUGCACAUACCUCGAACCCUAUAUAUCGACAAUGUGGAGCUGGAGCCACUGGCAGGGAAUUAUGUUUAUCGCUUAAAAAACAGUGAAUCCACAGAAGCCAUUUGUUUUGUUAUUGGCGUAAAGGACACUGAGGAAGAUAUUAGGGAUAAGGUUCAACAAAUUCAUCGACUAACCGAAUGGCUAUGCAACAAUAAGUUACCACACAAUCUAUUCAUGACGCAAGAUCGGCAAACAAAUGAUUUACGUGUAUUCCUCUUUGUGCGAUCAACGUAUUGUGUAAGCAAGGAUGCCAGCGUAUUCAACGUGGGCUUCUGCGAGUUGGUUGGCUUUUUUCCCUUGAGUGAUGAGGCGAAGCUACAGAAUCUGACAGAGCCAAUAGUAAUCGAAAGAAUCAAAGAUAUAACUGGCAAUGCUUACGAAUCCGCGUAUAGGCAGACCAAACGUAUUGUCGAUGGCAGCAGAAGCACCUUGUGGCCUUUUUUGACAUAUGCGACGUGUGUUGUAAUAUCAAAAAUAAAAUAAAGUGUCUGUGUGCCUAUUAAAGUGGAAUGAAAGCACGUUAAAAAUUUAAAUACGAAAUUGUGCCAAAAAAGAAACAUGACCAACAGCAGCAGCAGCCAAAAAGGUGGUCCCGCUAAAUGUUUCAGUGUGUGGCAACUCUAGGCAAAUGAACUGUUUUACCUGCACACAUACUAGCGCACGUAGUCAACACAACGGAUAAUUUAGUGGAAUUUUCGAAAAUAGCAAAGGAAAGGCAACCAUAAUCCUCAAGAGCAGCAGCCACAGAGGCAGCGCCAACAACAACAACAAUGCAGGCAGGCAUAAUAAUCAAAGAUUAAAUCAGGUUUAUAUGGAAGGGUUAAAAAGAGCAAAAGCAGCCUGUCACAGGAAGAAAUACACGUUUCCUAGUCGCUGAGGCACGUCUACAACAACAGCAGCAACAACAACAAAACAGCAACAACUACAACGAACAACUGAUUUUGAUUACAAAUACAAGGAGCGCGCGCUACACACACAUAUUCAAGCACACGUACACAUGCAUGCAUGAAUUGAGCGCGCUGAAAGAGCGAGUGAGAGCGAACAUGUCUGCGAGCUGGUGAGAGAGAACAUGCGGAGAUUAACUAGCGCGCUCAGUUUUCCGCUCAGUUCUCAUUCGAGUGCGGUACGGUUACGUCGCAUUGCUCCCACAAGGCAGCGGUGAAAAUACAACAGAAGAUUUUCCGUUGUCCGUUUUCCGCUAGGCGACGGCAUAACACAACGUAUGGGCGGCAUUUGUUUUGAAAGUAAAGUAAGAGGAAAACGAAAUAUAAACCAAAACGUCGCGACCGCACCUCGCUAACUUAUGUUUGUGAUUGUACGUGAAUGUGUGUGUACAUAUAUGUUUUGAAACGAAUAUAUCACGAAAAAGGAAGCAUAAUCAAGUGAAAAUAGUGCAAAAAUAUAAAGUAAAAAGAAAAUAAAAAGAAUUAUUAUAAUAAGAUAGCCAAAAGACGGGCCAGAGACCAGUUUGAAAUCGCCGCCUAUUUGCAGGGCAACACACGCGCCGCAGCCGCCGCUAGCAGAAGCAGUGCAUAUGCUAUGUGUUUGUGUGUGAGCAAAAGAGCUGGCGAUAGUUUUGAGUGUGGAGCAGGGGCAACGGCAGUGGCAGGCAAUUGAACGUACACACACACAUGUGCACAUGCUAGCCAAGACAGUGCUACAGCAACUACAACAACAACAAGAAGCGACCACAUACGGUGAAAAGGCCGCGUCGCCGUCUCAAGGAGCGAAAGGCAGUGAGAGAGGCAGAGACAGAAGCAGAGGCAGCAGCAGCAGCAGCAGCAGCAGCGGAGCGA